AUGGGCUCAGUUGCUGAGAGAAGCGAGGAUGGCCCACAACUUGAUAGAUUGAACCCUUUUCUGCAAAACGAUGAUCAUGAUGAGGAAGAAAGAUCAAACUCUCUAGAAGCAGUUCGAGAUCUUUUACGCGACCUAAAGUCAAAAUAUGACAUUAAGGUUGAUCCUAGUGGAAAUCUCUCUCGGCUUCGCAGCUAUACAAAGAAGAGCAUGCGGCUUGAAGAUCAGUGCAAGAUCAUGCACAUGGAAGCCCAAAGGCUUGGAGACGAGCUCUCUAUUUCCAAAUAUCUUCUUUAUUCUGAGCAAGACAAAACUAAGACCCUCAGCUCUAGGAUUGAGACCCUGGUUACUGCUUUAGACCAGCUCCGGGAAGAGAAUUUAAAAUUAAAGUUGCAGAAUGUCGAAUUAGAGGCUUUAUAUUUGGCAAAGAGUGAGGAAAACGAAGGAUUUUGGAAUGACUUAGUUGACUGCACUGCAGAGCUGGAGAGCCUUUACGACAAAGAAACUCGUAACCUGAAAGCUCGGAUCAAAGAGCUGGAAACGAAUGCGGUGGGCACCAGUUUUUUAAUUAAAGCUUCAUCAAGCGCCAUGCUUCCUACUACUCAAGGCCAAAAGGAGCGUAAUGAUGCUGUGUUUAAGAGCACUGUCCAAGACCGAAAAGUCUCUCUUUCCAGCUCUGUUGCCAUGAACACAGAGUUCAGAGAUGGACACACAUCAUCUGGCCCUGAUUCUCGACUUCUUUUCAGUGAUUCUCCUGGUUCCAACGCCUCAUUAUCGCCAAAAAGCUUAAUAUCUGACCACAAUGACAAUUUUGGUACUAUUCAGGAAAAUGACCAAGCGAAAGAGACAAAAAUAGCGUGCAAAUACGCCAAAGCUAACGUUUGUUACCCCAAUCACGUUAUCAUCAGACAAAAGAAUGUUACCACGACUCAAGAAUCUGAAAGAAAUAAAACUAACUUGCUUGAAUCAUUGGCGUCAGACACGUCCUCAGAGCCUCGGAAAGGAGAUCUUGUCCACCCCUCCCAAGCACAUCCUACAACAUCGCCACAGGUCGCCAGCAAGUACAUCAACUAUUUCAGGAAUUCGACAUCUUCAAUAGAAAUCCCACCGAUGGAAUCUAUUUUCAAUCCUCAGUCUUCACUCUCUUCGGCGAGCCUCUCGACAUCUCAUAUCCCUUUCGUGGCACCGUCAUUAAAGAAGCGAAAAGUUUGUAAUGAAGACAAGUUCGACGUCAAACGAGCUCGCGUCUAUGAAAGUGAUACUCGAAGCAUUUCCAAACCCCAUGUCCAAUUUGAAACCACUCUGAUACUACAUAAACCCUUGAAAGCAAGUAAGAUGGUUCGAUCGCGACGGCAGGCUCUAUCGAGGCCGGAAAAACUGAAAUCACCCAGAGUUAUUCCAGAAUUUGGUGAGCUGCUUGCACUUCCUCAAAGCUUGAAUGAAGGCCACCUGGUGGCUGAUAACAGCUCCAAUGAAGAACUCAAUAUGAAAAAGUCACAGCUAAAUACGAAACCCGUGACAAAUCGCAAGUUGUCUGUAGAACAAGCCUUUAAUACUGAUACUCGGAAUCAAAAUGGGCUACUGUAUCAAGUAAGCGUUUCUUCGUUCGAAAGGAGCCAGAGAGACAUAAAUCUUGAAUAUUUGAAAGAGGCAGCGAGUCCUUCAAACCGACAAAGCAGACUCGAGGUUAUGCUAAUCGUCCUAAGGGCAAUGGCAGCCCUAAUGCAACGAAUACUGAAUAGGUUUGCAGGUCGAUUUGGCGAGAUUUCUAAAAGCCUUGUGGUUCCAUUUCAUAAAAUCGCCCCAAAGGCUCGGUAA